UAUUUAACCUAUUUUCCGCAGCAGUGUCUAUAGAUAACUUUCUCCAAUUUUUAGUGUCGUGAACAGAAAGAAAAGGGAAAACCGAAGAGAAGAAAAGAUGGACAGACUCACCCGAAUGUUUGCCGGCGCCGGAGGAGCUUUGGGUCAGCCGCCGACUGAUGCGCCGACUCUCGAUACUUCCGAGCAGAUUUACAUAUCUUCUCUCGCUCUUCUUAAGAUGCUUAAACAUGGAAGAGCUGGUGUUCCUAUGGAAGUAAUGGGAUUAAUGCUGGGUGAAUUUGUUGAUGAAUAUACUGUUAAAGUUGUUGAUGUUUUUGCUAUGCCGCAAAGUGGAACUGGUGUUAGUGUUGAAGCUGUUGAUCCUGUUUUUCAGACUAAAAUGCUUGAUAUGCUUAAACAAACUGGAAGGCCAGAGAUGGUUGUGGGAUGGUACCAUUCACAUCCUGGAUUUGGUUGCUGGUUGUCUGGUGUGGAUAUCAACACACAGCAGAGUUUUGAAGCUUUAAAUCAAAGAGCUGUUGCUGUAGUGGUGGAUCCUAUACAAAGUGUGAAAGGGAAGGUUGUUAUUGAUGCCUUUCGUUUGAUCAACCCACAGACCUUGAUGCUCGGUCAAGAGCCUCGUCAAACAACAUCUAACCUCGGUCAUCUUAACAAACCAUCAAUUCAGGCAUUGAUCCAUGGGUUGAACAGACAUUACUACUCCAUAUCGAUCAAUUACAGGAAAAAUGAACUCGAAGAGAAGAUGCUGCUUAACCUUCACAAAAAGAAAUGGACUGAUGGAUUGACUCUAAAGAAAUUUGAUUCUCAUUCCCAAACUAAUGAGCAGAUUGUCCAGGAAAUGUUGAAUCUGACUAUCAAGUACAACAAAGCUGUUCAAGAGGAGGAUGAAUUGUCUCCGGAGAAGCUAGCAAUUGCAAAUGUGGGAAGGCAAGACGCAAAGAAGCAUCUCGAAGGACACGUGAACACUUUGAUGUCCUCCAACAUCAUUCAGACGUUAGGUACCAUGAUAAACACAGUCGGGUUUUAACUUGCAUGUACUAGACCCUUCUUAAUUUGGAAUGUCUCAGUAUUCGACAGCAGUUUAGAACAUGAAAAAACAUUAUGGUUUUCUUUCCAAAUUAGCUUAUUAUGAUUAUUUUAGCAAUAUGCUAGCCUUUUGUGCUAGAGAUUUUCUUCAAUUGUAUCAAACAGAACUGAGGAUCAUCGUACAAGCACUUGAUUCUUCGGCUUGCA